AAGUUUUCCGUGGCUUGUUCAGCUAGCAGUUCGAGCUCGUGGCGGUCGGAGUGGAGUGAGUGUUGCUGGAGCACGGCACGAAGAGUCCGGACUCUGAGAGGUAGCUCGGUACGCGGCGAAGGCUUCGGCUUGUAACGCGUUGUAACAUAACGAGGUGUGCCUUGCAGUUGAGGUCUGCCGCUGGUUCGCCUGUUACCAGCUGCAGCAUUCAGCAAACGGUACGUACCUAUGUAUGUACCAGCGGCAGCAGGACUGAGCUGAGAACCAGUGCGGACGUGAAAGUGCCGUGUGUCGUGUUACCGUGUGUGUUGCUUGCUUGCGUCUCAUAUCGAAACCACAAGGAACAACGAUAUUGAGCACAAAGCAACGAGAAUCUAACGAAAUAAAUCUUUGUCCAAGAUUUCACAACUAGGAAGAAGAAAACGCGGGUCGUUUGUGUUUACUAGUGUGUUACAAGUGUGAACUCAUUAUUUUCAAGAGAGGAUCAACGGCAUGCGAUCGAAGCUUAUCAGCAAUAAGACCUGCUCGGCGAGGCCUUGGGCAUCAUAGAACAGUCUCGCUAAUCGGUUAGAGGAUCGAGGCUAGAGGAUAGUUUGCCAGCAACAGGCUGCUCAGGAUGCUGAGAAGCAUCGUCGUCAACCUGGGGCAUCGCCGACUCGACGCGCGAAUUAUUGCCAGCGUACGGAGGAUCGCAGCCAGCUGAGAAUGUCUGAGCAAAACGGGCCCACGGAGGGCCCGGGCUGGUGGCCCCCGGCGCAAUCUUGGAAGUCACAGUCAGCGAUGUUUUCUUUUUUCUCCAUCCUCGACUUUAGUUCAUUUUUGAGAUCAGAAGGUAAAAAUGUAUGCAAGUAUCUGGGUGGACAAAAUGGCGUGACGGUUUCGGUAGUAUCAAGUUGUGGGUCCGGUGGCGUUGAUUCCGGUACCAGCAUCGGAUCCACGGAAUCACCGAAUGUUGAUGAUGUGGAGGACAGCGAUGGGGAAGUUAGUAAAAUAGACUUCCGAGGGGUCAAUUUAAGAACGAAGAAAAAACGAGAUGGAUCUGGAGGACAUGACAACGAAAGCUGCAACGAAAAUGUGCAGCAACAACCAGAGAGACCUAUGUCCUGGGAAGGAGAACUUUCAGAUCAAGAAAUGUCUUCCAACACUAUUACGAAUCAGGACCAUGAGGAAACUUCGAUGGAAGGAGUUCAGGUCUGCAAUGCGAGUCCUGGACCUCAGGAACACAAGUUCCCAAUAAAACCGGAGCCGGAUUUCCGGUCGAGUCCGGGACUUUCACAUAGCCUAAAUGACACAGUGCUACCAUUGUCUCAUGCUCAACAAGUCCAGCAGCAACAGCAGCAUCAACAUCAACAUCGAGGACUGGAUAGUCUCGAGCAGACGCAGCAGAAUGAUCUGCCUUUGCUGGUUGGAAAACUCCUCGGUGGUUACAAUUGUUCUACACCUAAUCACAGCCCUGUGCUCAAUCCCAGACACCAUCUGACCAAGCACAGUCACACGAGGUCUCAGGUUCCGUCGCCUGAUUCCGCAAUUCACUCAGCCUACAGUGUCUUCAGUUCUCCAACACAGAGCCCUCAUGCAGCACGACAUUCGGCACUGGGACCAGGAAGUCCAGUUCCUUCGUCCUCGUUAUCCCUCUCACGGCAUAGUUUUAACAACUCAACAUCCUCCCUAUCAUUAUCACUUUCGCACUCCCUCUCGCGGAACAACUCAGACGCCUCUAGUAGUUGCUACAGCUAUGGAUCUCUCAGUCCCCCCACACACUCGCCAAUCCAACAACCAAGACACGCACAUCCCCAGCAUCAUCACCAAGUCGCUCAAGGCAAUCCCUUGCACCUUCCAGCCCAAUCCACUGCAGCCAGCCAUCACUACUCAGCUCCAGGUUCUGAAGUCUCUUCCGAAGGGCAUCCUGACGAUCAAGAUGACUGCAGAAUACCCUCAGCACCCACCGGAAUUUCCACCCGACAACAGCUGAUCAACAGUCCCUGUCCGAUUUGUGGCGACAAGAUCAGCGGCUUCCACUACGGCAUCUUCUCCUGUGAAUCCUGCAAAGGAUUUUUCAAAAGAACAGUCCAAAACCGGAAGAAUUAUGUCUGCCUAAGAGGAGCCGGUUGUCCAGUGACGGUAGCGACACGAAAAAAAUGUCCAGCUUGUCGAUUCGAUAAGUGUCUCAACAUGGGUAUGAAACUCGAAGCGAUCAGGGAGGACAGAACUCGAGGUGGACGAAGUACCUAUCAGUGUACGUAUACCUUGCCAGCGAAUCUCAUCGGCAGUCCUGCCGGCGGGAUGCCUGGUGACAAAAUGACCGGAGGAUCUUGCAGUCCAGCGCCUCCUGGAUCCGAGCAUCAUCAUUCCAUGAGACAUCAUUCGAAUCAUUCUCAUAAAAUUCAAGCAGUGCCGCAACUUUUGCAGGACAUCAUGGAUGUGGAACAUCUUUGGCAUUAUAAUGAUAAUGAUAGAGUUGGAGGAAGUCAGAACAGUGGUUCUGCCGGAAAUGGCAGUAUCAGUGGCAGCAGUGCAAGUGGAGAUCCUCUCGCUAGUGGAGCAACUUCGAAUGGAGCGAGUGGAAGUAAUGGAAACAUCAACAGUAGAGAACCUGCGAGGCCGAAUUCUGCGGGCUCGGUACCAGCCAGUAAUCAUGAUCAUCAACACUCACCAACGAGUGCUUCGGCCAAUGUCAGCCCCAGUCCUAACCCCAGUUGCAAUCCUAACGGAAAUCCCACCCAAAAUCCUGACUUUUUGUCGAACCUGUGCAAUAUUGCGGAUCAUAGACUGUAUAAAAUUGUCAAAUGGUGUAAAAGCCUGCCGCUAUUCAAAAAUAUCUCGAUUGAUGAUCAGAUUUGUUUGCUGAUCAACUCGUGGUGUGAGUUAUUGCUCUUCUCGUGUUGCUUCAGAAGUAUGAGUACUCCUGGAGAAAUCAGAGUGUCAUUGGGAAAGUCGAUUACCCUGGAACAGGCGAGGCAACUUGGCUUAGCGACUUGUAUUGAGAGAAUGCUGGCUUUUACGAAUAAUCUUAGGCGGCUCAGGGUGGACCAGUACGAAUACGUGGCGAUGAAGGUGAUAGUACUCCUUACAUCGGACACGAGCGAACUGAAAGAGCCCGAAAAGGUGAGAGCCUCCCAGGAGAAGGCUCUCCAGGCCCUCCAACAAUACACAAUCGCCAGGUAUCCGGAGAUGCCAGCAAAGUUUGGUGAACUUCUCCUCAGGAUUCCCGACCUACAAAGAACGUGCCAAGCCGGAAAGGAGUUACUGAGCGCAAAACGUGCAGAAGGGGAGGGUUGUUCGUUCAAUCUCCUGAUGGAGUUGUUACGUGGGGACCACUGAAUCGUCGAAUAUUUUUAAACGGACAUUAUUUUAUCGCUAAGAAGGAAAUUCCGAACUGAUAAACAAAAUAGGAUGUACGGUAGAGUCCAAGACGAUAGCAGAUUUACAGAUGUGAUAAAAACAAAAGGAAAAAAAACCCGAUGCGUGAAGAACGAUCAAGUAUAAACUUCCUUCGCGUUCUUCAGAUUCCAUGCUUAUGCGGCCCAUAAGUCUCCGGGAAUCAGGUUCUAGUAUAGGUGAGAGCGAAUGCUGCAUGGAUUAUUAAAAACCCUGAUAGGGGGACGACUGUAAAACGCGCAUAGUCCGCGAUAGCGUUAAUUCUUGGUGAGGGGACUAAAAAUCUAGAUGACUAUUUUAGAAUAGGCUGAUAGAGAACUUACUCGGAUGAUCUAUAUAUGUACUUUAUACAUAUGCAUAUAUGUAUAUAAUAAAAUAUAUAUUUUCUACUGAAAUGCUUCCAUACGGGGCUUGCAUUCCUGCCUUCGAAGUACAGGAGUUUACAAGGGACAUGCAGCCAAAUGCAAGCCAGAUUGACUGAGACUGAUCUAAACCGAAAACGAGCGCAAAGCACGUAUUUUUUUAUGCACAUUUUCGUCGCCUUUUUUUAAAUUCAUGUUCUCACACUUGGAGAAAAGUGCUCUUUCAAAUCCAAUUCGGAGCGUUCGAAUAUGUCCAUAAACCUGAAUUUUAGUCGUUUUUAGUGCCCCGGGAAAGAACGGGGAAUUUUUUUCUGUUCUAUUUCUUGUAUUUUUUUAGACGAGAAUCAGAAAGAGGAAAAUCUGAUUGAUUCACGUAGCGAAUAAUGAUACCAUCAAAGUUUGUACAUGAUUGUUCAACUUCUUUAUAUAUUAAUUAUAUAUGAGAGUUGAACAUUUUUCUCUUAAAUAGGUUGAUUUUAUUAUCACAAUUUAUUUCAUUUUUACUUCGGUGUUUCAAAAUAUAUUAUUUUGUAGUAUAACAAACUAAUAUGAAACGUUGCCAGACAUUUGAUAUAAAGUAUUGUGCAAAAAUGCUAAUCUUUAUUUACUCUUAUUUAGAUUUAACAUGGAUACAUAAAAUUAACAAUUGUGGCCCUUAUUUUGAAAAGUUUGAAUAAUUAUUUUCAAGUUUUAUGUUAAAAAAACAACGCUACGUGACCAUAUAAAAAACUUUGGGACAUAUUUUCAAGUGAUAUUUGAAAUCAUGCCCUCUUUGAAUCUCAAUUAUUUAAAAUUUAUUGUUAAUAUUGUUAAGAAAUUAUUCAUUUUGAAUUAGUAGAUUGGAACAGGUGCGUUAUCAGAUGUGCAAAACGGUUGUGACCUAAAAUAGUUCUCUUUUUAGUAAUUACCCGUAAAUUUCAAAUACAUUUGAUAGAUACCUCAUAAUUAAUUAUUUUACAUAUUAAAAAAAUAUAUUUCUUACAACAGAACAAAUAUUUAAAAUUUUCCAACAUUUUUGUUUCAACUUUAAACGUCUUGUCUGAAUGUAAGCCAAAAUGUUGUGAUUUUAUAGAUAUUUACCUUCAAAAUGAUCCCAAGGACAUUGAAAAAUCGUUAUUAUAUUAUAUUUUAUUUAUAUUUUUAAGAGCAUAUUCCAAUUUGCACUACUUUUGUAACAUAUUUUUCAAAAAAAUGGAUCAAAUGUUUUCAUUCUGGCUCAUUUUAUGAAGAAUUCCGAUAAGUUUGACAUGUGUAAAUAAAUAAUUGGGACAAAUUACAGAAAAAAUGAUUAGAUUGGUCGAGGAAAAAAGAAUGUGGUCAGGUAAAAACUGGAAAUUUCAAAUUGCCUUAUCACUAGACAUCCUGAUUUUAAAAAUGUACGUUUUCAAAACAGCAAUCUUUAAAAUUGAAUAAUUUAUAACAAAGAAUUGAAAUUGAAAUUAAAAAUUAAUCAUUCAAGCCUUAGAGUUAAAAGUGACAAAAAUUACAAAUGAACAAUUUACAAAUUCAAACUGAAGUCUAAAGUUUUUCAAUUAAAUUAUUUAAAAUUAAUUAUUUAUCAGGGAUUAAUCUGAAAACCAGGAAAUGACCAGGAAUUUUGGUGACCGGGCACAUUUCAAAGGUAAAUUUAUAUAUAAUCACACAGCAACUUAUUAAGAUAAUUUUUAUUGUUUUGCACUCUGAAAUAAGUUAAAGUUGGAAUUAAAAAGUUUGCAAAUUUUGAAGUUUUUUGUAGGAAAAUAAUAGUAAAAAUCAAGUUUAUAUAUAUUUUAAACAACUUUCAUGGACAAUUUAUGAUUGCUUAUUUCAUGUAUUUAAAAAAUAUUGUUUACAGUCGAAAAAAUAGUUAAAAUUUUCCAUUUUUGUUCCAACUUGAACUUCUUACACCGUGCAAGGAAAAUUAUUUUCAAUUAUCUUAACAAGUUCCUGCAUUUAAGCAGAAAUUCACCUUUAGAAACAGCAAUUUGAAGUAUUUUUGCAAUAUAAUUUUAAAAAAUUGAAGAAAUGACCUCAUCCUGCCAUAAUUUUUUUUCAGAAUUUAGACAUCUUUCAAUCUAUUUAAGAGAAAUGAACUUAAAAUUGAACAGCUUCACUAAAAGCAUUAAAAAUUAAUAAUUCAAAAUUAAAUAUUCGUAAAUAUUCGAACGUACCUUUGUAGAUUAAAAUUCAAGACAGUUGAUAAUUUUAAAUCACAUAUAUGUAUCUCAGCAAAAGACCGAAAGUAUCUCAAAACUAAUUGACUAAUUUUCCAAAAAUUAGAUCAAGCAUCCAUAUUUUGUCUUCCAAAAGUCGAAAAUAUUUUUAAAAUAAUUUUCGCUGACUCAGUGUUGUGCUAAAGGUAUCAACUGUCUUAAAUUUUGCAAAUUUUACUAGAAUAUAAAGAUUAGACUUUUUGUAGAAAGAAUUAAUGGAGCAGUACUAGUUUUUUUUUUUAAAUUCUCUAGAGCAUUUUGCUACUGAAUUUUGAGAUACAUAUUGAUAAGUAAUUAACGAUACGUGCUCGUGGACGUAAGUGUGCGUCCAUAAUUUUAUGCAAUUAUGUGUGUUUUUUGUGUGAAGGUACUUGUGAAAAUGAAUUUGUGAAUAGAUGAGCGAAUAUGGGUCGCAGAGUGUUUUUUUUACUGGAGUCCUGAGAGGACCAAUUUUUGUACGGUUACGACGAAACACCAGUAUUUCAUAUUGUUUUACGAUUACUUAAGAUCAAAGCAUAAUCACUUGCAUCCUGGUUACGAAAAUGUACUUAAAAGUCAUUCGAUAGAUCCUGUACUUUUAAUUAUUACUAAUGACUUAGAAAUAGACGCCUCGGAGGUAUAAAUAUCUCGGUUCGCCUCAUUGUUUUAUUUUUUAUUAGGCGCACUUUUCGGUUACUUGUUUAACGUGGUACGUGCAAGGUGUUCUAAUUCCUGAAAAGUGGCGAUUCAGUUUAAAUUUAAAACGCAACUUUUUGUGCCAAACUGGGAAUUUAUAAGUACAAAUUCAACUAAUUUCACAUAAUAUUGACAAACAAAUUUUGAAGAUAAAAAUUGUGCCAAGAAUUAUCGUCUACCUAAAUGUUCUUUAUGUAUAAAAAAAAAAACAAUUUGUAGAAUUGUUGCUCUUGCGACAAGUGUAUUAUCUCCGAAAAUUGUUGGAGAAUUUCGAGGGAAUGAAAAGUGUUGUUUUAAAUUCAAGAAAUUUAAAAUCAGUAUUUAAGCAGUUAAUAAACUCGUACGAAUUUCUCGGAGUUUUUGAACGAAUUUCAAAAAGUUUUUCAGAGAUGUUCGUUCUUUUAAAAAGAAUCUAAAAUGAAAAAUGUAUAUUUGGAAGGAAAACUUUAUUUGAAAAGAACGUGAAAAAUUGUAUUGUAUCAAUACAAUGUUUUAUUGGUUUCACAAUGAAUUGUCGAACCUAAUUUAAAGUAUUGAUUUUGAUGAGCAAUUUUUAUAACUGUUUUUUACAAAUUCGUUAAAAUCAAUGGUUUAAAUUGUGAACUGUCAAUGAAUUGUCAAUAAAGUUUUUCACCAACUGAAUUAAAUUAAACCCAAGUGAGAAUUCUUGAAUUUAAAAUUUCUACUUUUGUGAAAGUAAUCUUCCAACUGAAGAUCGCACUUUUCUGGAUAUAAAGACAAAUUAGAAUGUGUGUUCGAAAAAAGAGUACAAAUGAAAUUAACGAUGAAAGAAAUUUCAUAGGUAUUAAGUGAACGAAAAAAAAUAAAUAAAACCCGAAAAAAUUCGAACGCACAGUCGCAAUAAAAAUUGAGGCGCAGUAUAAACUCUAUAAGUUAGACUGUUGAUUUAAAUAUAUCAUUUAUAUUCUAUUCGCGAGUGGUCCAAACGUAUGAGAUAAAAUCUAUUAUUUUUACAAGGCGUUUGUAAAACAUGUCCGUACUAAUUUGAUGCCUUCUUGAAAUUUGCUUUAUAACAAUGUUUAACAUUACUUACUUAAUAGUCUUAACGGAUAAUAGAAAAGAUGUCCAGUAUUCAUGAUUCAUAAUGAAUUGGUAUUAAAAAACGUUAAACGGAUUUUAUAAUAUCGAAACUAGAUGAGUAGGUCAACUUUAAACGUGAAAUUUAAACGUUGUAAAUAACUAAAUUAAAUGAAAAAAAAGAUAUAUACAUUGUGCCGCGUCGAGUGCCUGUGGAGAAUGAGAGAAAUUUGUACGCUAUGAGCGAACGCUUUAAUUAUCUAAGAUGAUUAUUAUUAAAUUGACGCAAGAGUAUGUGUAGAACUUUAGGUAUAUGAAAAGUUAGAUAUUUGCCUGUUGAAAUGUAACUAUUCUAUGUUUAUAAUUGACGAUAGUUAUUUCUACGUCCUUUGAAUAUUAGGUUGCAAUCGCGUAUUGCACUUACCAGAGAAAUUAUUCUUUUUUACGUCAAAUGUUAUUGGCAAAUUUAUUUAUCGGCCUGUCCUCGACAAGAAAUUGUAUCCGAUUCCUCCUAGUUUUUGCUAGUGAAUUAAAAAAAAAGUAAUUAGCUUCUUGCCAGUUUUAAUGGGGUUUUUUAUUUUUUGCAAAAAGAGAUUGUUAUUCCGAUAAUUGUGAAGAAAAUGCUUCGAGUGUAGUCAAUUUGGAAUGCAAAGAAAAGGUCGUGAAAUCUAUAAAUCAAGGGCAACGUGCUCCGAAUAUCCUUGUUUACUUGCAAUUAA